GCGCCGCGUCACUGGUGUCACUCUCCUCCAUCCCCACCAGCGCGGCAGCCGCCAGCCAUGGAUCCACCGACCAGCGAGGCGCACCGGAGCUCCGACGACGAGGCGGCGGGCUUCUUCCGCGCGGCCCCGCCCCUCCGCGGCCGCGACGCCGUCGCCGCCAGCCUCGCCGCCUUCGUCGCCCGCCACCACGCCGGCACCGGGGGAGGAGGAGGAGGUGGAAGCCCCCCGGCGGUGGCCGGGGUGGUCUGCGUCACCUCCGGCGGCACCACGGUGCCCCUGGAGCAGCGCUGCGUGCGCUACAUCGACAACUUCAGCUCCGGCCAGCGCGGGGCCGCGUCCACCGAGUAUUUCCUCAAGGCCGGUUACGCCGUCGUCUUCGUCCAUCGCCGCGGGAGCAAGCAGCCUUACUGCAGGUUUCUUCCGGAGGACUCGUUUCUCGACCUUUUCGAGCUCGGCGAAGGAUCAGAGAUCCAAGUCCCAGAGUCUCACACAGCAGUGGUCAAGACAGCGAUUAGCAGUUAUCGCAAGGCAAUUGACGAAGGUCUACUUCUGAAACUUCCUUUCACUACGAUUUUUGAGUACCUUCAGUUACUGCAGCUUGUAUCCACUGCUAUGAAUUGCUUGGAGCGCCAUGGAAUGUUUUAUUUUGCUGCUGCAGUGUCUGACUUCUAUGUUCCAUGGGAGAGUAUGGCUAAACAUAAAAUCCAGUCAGCAGGUGGCCCUUUAAACAUGCAGCUCAAUCAAGUUCCUAAGAUGCUUUUCAUCCUCAGAAACCAUUGGGCUCCUUCUGCUUUUUGUGUAUCCUUCAAGCUCGAGACGGAUCCAGACAUCCUUAUACAGAAGGCAGAGGCGGCUUUGAGAAAGUAUGGUAUGAAUGUGGUGGUGGCGAACGAGCUAGCGAACUACAAGGACGUAGUUGUCAUGGUCACAAGCAGCGGGAAGACAACCGUGAGCAGGCGGAGCAAGGAAGACGACCUAGAAGAGCAGCUCAUCGGUCUCCUGGUUAAGAUGCAUUCAGAUCACGCUAAGCAGUCCAAUCCAGACCAGGAAACUUGAGCUGUUGUCUUAAUGAUGACGAAUAAGGAGCUGCUACAAGUUAUUGAGCUCAUUGGUCUCCUGGUUUAGUUAACGUACCGGCAAGCAGAGUAGCAUUUCCUUUUGAGAAUCGCACGUGCGAUCACCUCCCUUAUCACUUAUGUUAUGCUACGCCAGAUGAGAUGCCUGCCUUUAUCGGCGUGGGCGGUGGUUUGGAUUGGACAAGUCUCGCCAAUUCAAACUCCAAAUCUGAAAUGUACUAUUGUGAGUGAGUGAACCAAAUUCGACCAACGAAAUCCAAGGCUCCUUUGCCUGGACUGCA